GCCGCAGCCGCCGCGGUCGUCGUCGUCGUCUUCGUCGCCGCCGCUCACUCAUCUUGCUUCCACCGCUUCCCAGCAUCACCGAGCGGCCAAGCUCCCGCACAAUCUGACACCUGCCGGCGCACAUGGAAAAUCCGGAGCGGUGAGCUUCUCGUAACAAUAAUGGAUCGACUGUGACUCCUUUCUCGAGUUUCCCGUUUCCCUCGAACAUUCUAACUAUGGCUACUUGUCAGCAAGGCUGCACGCCAGCCGUCCGCCUUUGUCAGAGGCUGAACCGACUCAAGACGCUCGACGACGACAUGAUGGCCACGUCGCUGAAACGCUGCCUCUCCACCCUGGACCUGACUCUCUUGGGUGUUGGCGGCAUGGUGGGCUCUGGCCUGUAUGUCCUGACGGGCACAGUUGCCAAAGACAUAGUUGGGCCUGCUGUCAUUCUGUCCUUCCUUUUCGCAGGUUUUGCCUCUCUGUUAGCUGCUUUUUGCUACGCAGAGUUUGGGGCACGCAUUCCCAAAACAGGAUCGGCAUACAUGUUUACCUAUGUCUCUGUGGGAGAGGUCUGGGCCUUUUUGAUAGGUUGGAAUGUUAUUCUGGAGAAUAUGAUUGGUGGUGCUGCUGUGGCACGGGCAUGGAGUGGCUAUUUGGACUCUAUUUUUAACCACGCCAUCCAGAACUUCACUGAAACCCACAUAAUGCGGUGGGACAUUCCCUUCCUUGCCCAUUAUCCUGACCUACUGGCAGCGGGGAUUCUAGUAGUUGCCUCACUUUUUAUUUCCUUUGGAGUUCAAGUGUCCUCCUACCUUAAUCAUAUCUUUUCCACCAUCAGUAUGUGUGUUGUCGUUUUUAUCCUGAUCUUCGGUUUUGUGCUGGCGGAACCGGCGAAUUGGAGCCAGAAGGAAGGAGGGUUUGCACCUUUUGGAUGGUCCGGAAUCUUGGCAGGCUCCGCCACAUGCUUCUACGCAUUUGUAGGUUUUGAUGUGAUUGCCUCCUCAAGUGAAGAGGCCAAGAAUCCACAAAAGGCUGUUCCCAUUGCCACAGCAAUAUCCCUUGGACUGGCAGCGACAGCCUACAUCCUGGUGUCCACAGUGCUUACAUUGAUGGUUCCCUGGCAUACACUGGACCCCAAUUCCGCACUGGCAGAUGCUUUUUUCCGUCGAGGUUACAGUUGGGCUGGAGUUAUUGUGGCAAUCGGUUCCAUCUGUGCCAUGAACACAGUGCUGCUCUGUAAUCUCAUCUCCCUCCCUCGGAUCGUGUACGCCAUGGCAGAGGACGGUUUGUUCUUCAAGAUCUUUGCACGAGUCAACCCUAUAACCAAAGUCCCCAUCAAUGCUAUUCUAGUAUUUGGAGUCCUUAUGGCCACCAUGGCUCUUGUGUUUGAUCUGGAGGCUUUGGUUCAGUUCUUAUCUAUUGGAACCCUGUUAGCCUACACCCUCGUAGCAGCCAGCGUUAUCGUCCUUCGCUUCCAGCCAGAGAAAAAACGGUCCAAAGGAACUUCAUCAACGUCUCCCAAUCCAAAUGCAGAGCCUUCCCCCGCCCCCUCAGAAUGUCAAAACAUAUCCGAGGACAGCGAGGAACUGAAACAGUACGAGUCCUUCUCUGACAAGCUCCAGUUGGUGGAGCGGCAGAAGCAAAGUGAGCACGGAGGCGUGGGACUGCUAAAGGCCCGCUGGGAACCAUACCUGGGCCGGCUACUGGGGAACUGCGAGCCUGGGGAGAUAGUAGCAGUCUGUGUGCUGGGUCUGAUAGUGAGCUCCGUUUUCUUUUGUGGCUUAGUCGUAUUUGGCACCACACCACUGCAGCUUCCAAGAUGGAGCCACAUCACCCUGCUGGCGAUUUCUAGCCUCAUUUAUGUUGUCUGCAUGGCAUUCAUAUGGGUUCACGAGCCACAGACUAACACCAAAACAUUCCAGGUACCUCUAGUUCCACUUACUCCAGGCAUUAGUAUUCUCUUUAAUGUAUUCCUCAUGAUGAAGCUCAGUCCUCUAACGUGGAUAAGGUUCACUGUCUGGAUUGCCGUAGGUCUCUUAGUGUAUUUUGGCUAUGGGAUUUGGCACAGUAAAGAGGGCCUGAGGGAGCUGCAGCCCAAAGACAUGGCUGCCCGCUAUGUGGUGCUGCCCAGCGGCAGCCUGGUGGAAACAAUGGAGUCCGUCCAGCCCGAACAUGCGGACGCCACUGCGUCGCACGUGAACCCGGCCAUGACGACUGAGGAGUUUGCCGGGAGAAGAUGAUGUGUGACCCAAUCUGAUGAUGACACCUGCCUGGUAUCUGCCGUCUUCUAACCUCAUCGCAAUCUUUUUUUUUUUUUUUUACACUGCUGACUAGCCUGUUGCUUUCUGUACUCAUCGUGUAAGCACACCAAAGGACAAGAUGCACAUCCUCUGUCUUGUUGUAACGCAUAUUUGUAUAUCUUGUCAUACUCAAAUGCAAAGUUGGGGCCUUUCAGACUCAAAUGCGUCUCGCUAAAUACCCCCCUCCCCCCCAAAAAAUAAAAAUAAAAAAAUAAUGAGGUUGUGGGUAAUAGUGUAUGAUGCAUUUUCUUAGCUCAAGGUUUCAUAAUAUUUUUUUUUUAUGGACCUUUAACAUUUACAACAAACCAAAAAUUUCAAGACACCAAUUUAAGCAUAAUCAGCAGUGAUGUUUUAUUUUUAUAUACAGAUAAUUGCAGAUUGUUCUCAUAUUCCUAACCGUCAUUGCCCUGAAUUUCUUCCACAAAACUAUUAUUUUAUACAAUUUAUUUAGUCAAGUUUGGGUUUUGGGGUUCCUGGCAGUCAUUUUUUUUUUGGGUCGGCCUCUCCUGUUCUCUUAAAUCGUAAUUAUUUUUUUUUCAUCAUGCAUGGUUAGGUAGCAGUCUUUUCUCUUGUCACUAAAAUAGUUCUAUACAUCCAAGCACAGUCAUAUUCAAGAAGAAUUUUCUCGAGGGGCGUUGAAAUUAAGCACAAAUUAUUUUUAACCCGUGACUCUAGUGAGGAAAAAGGAUGGUUAUCAUUAAAAUGUUUAAUAUCUGUGAAGCCUCUUUGAUCUCAGAUUUGGACACGUCACAAGUGUGCAGUCUAACGUCUGCAACGGAUAAAAACGUACAUUCCCACAGUCUGCACUUGCGUAUACUGGCAUCCAUCUAAAGUUCAUGUUUGUUUUCACGUCACGUCUGCUUAUAAAACCAAAUGGCCUUAAACGCAUGAAUCAAAGACGACGGAUUUAUGUCGUGGUUAAGAUGUAUAUAAUUGUUCUAUUCUGCAAUAGAUUAGAUACCACAUCUUGCGCAUUGUAAUUUAUUUUUUUACAAUGUGUCAAACCAAAUAAAAACCUGGAACAGAAUGUAAAUGGUAUUGCAUUGCUAGAAAAAGAUGUUGAGCCCCUGAGAAUUUGUAUACUAUAACUUUGCACACUAUUUAUAAAAAGAUCCCUGGUUAUUUGGGGCACGGGGGGGUUGCACAGAUAUGAUUUUCCUACCUGCCGAUUUAUGUUUUUCCUGCAUAUUAGUCUCAAUUUCUUUGUUCUGUCUUUAUGAAAGUGCUGUGUUAUAUACUGUAUGGAAAAUAAAUGGUUUCAAGCACUA